CUGGACCACUUUUCAUCACACCAACAUUCACACACUCAAAUCUCUUUUAAACUCCUUUCUCUUUCUCUUUCUCUUUCUCUCCUUUUCUCAAUCCCCCUUCAUUCCUAACCUCCCUACUACUACUAUCACCAUUACUAACUACAACAAUAACCAUAACAGCAGCAGCAAUAAGAACCAUUCCCGUCAAAUUGUUUUCGCUCUCUCCCUCUCUCUCUUACACUCUCUCUUUCCCCAUCCUUCCCUCGCCUACUCCUACUCAUGAGCAUUAAUCCAGGUUCCAAGGUUGCCUGUGUGCUGGUCGGGUUGCCAGGGACCUCCAAGACUCUGGUAGCACAGAAAGUCUGCCGAUAUUUUCAAUGGCUCGGAAUCAAUUCAAAGGUCUUUAAUGUCGGUAACUACCGCCGCAAGCUUGUUGGGGCUGCUCAACCUCAUCAUUUCUUUGACCCCUCUAACCAAGUCGGAUGUCGAUUCAGGACCGAAGCAGGUCAAACAGCCUUCAACGAUAUGCUCAAUUGGUUCGCCACAGAGGAUGUAGAGUUUGGGGCUGGUUCCAUGGUCGGUAUUUAUGAUGCGACCAAUGCAACUCGUGCUAAACGGGACUCAAUCUUGAAACAAUGUGAACAACACAAAGUCGAGGUCAUGUUCAUCGAGUCUGCCCUGCUGGAGAACGAGGCAUGGCAUCAAACAAAUGCAACCGAGAUCCAGAGAUCUUGCCCGGAUUAUGCCCAGAUGGAUCCCGAAUUGGCCCUUCAGGAUUUUAAAGCCCGUGUGAGUCAUUAUGAAGCUAAUUACGAGAGCAUGACGACGGAGCAGGAUCGAGACUUGACUUUUAUAAAGUUGGUCGAUGCGGGCAGCCACAUCAUCAUCAACCGCAUCCGUGGAUACCUUCAGUCAAGGAUCGUCUAUUAUCUUAUGAACCUGCGUGUUGCUCCCAAGACCAUUUACUUUAGUAGGCAUGGCGAGUCUCUGUUUAAUGUGAUGGGUCUAUUAGGAGGAGACUCUGAUCUUUCGGCUCGUGGUAAACAGUACGCACGGGCAUUGCCAUCACUGGUGGCAACACAUAUUCCCAAUGCGGAUCGGUUGACCGUUUGGACAUCAACCAAGAAGAGAACCAUUGCUACUGCAGCUCAUCUCCCUCACAAAAAGGUCGCUUGGAAGGCUUUGGACGAACUCGAGGCUGGCAAAGCCGAUGGAUUGACAUAUGAGCAAGUCGAGGAGCGCUUUCCUGAAGAUUUUGCCAACCGUGACAAUGACAAGUACAACUACCGGUAUCAGGAUGGCGAGUCCUACCGUGAUGUAGUUGCACGUCUGGAGUCUGUGAUUAUGGACCUCGAGCGACAGGAUCAUGUCUUGGUCAUUGGACAUCAGGCGAUUUUGAGAUGUCUCUAUGCCUACUUUAUGAACUACUCGUUCGAGAGAUUACCAUAUAUCAAGAUCCCAUUACACACUUUAAUUCAAUUGACACCGGGCGCAUAUAAAUGUGAGGAAAAGAGAUUCAAGGUUGACAUCGAAGCCGUUGAUACCCAUCGUCCCAAGCCAAAGGCCGCAGGACUCCCUAACGGUGUUGUCGAUACCCAAGAACAACCUCCUCAUCAUGACGAUCCUCUUAUUGAUGCGCCAUCUACAGUCUUACCUCCUGCAACAGCAACAGCAACAGCAACUACAACAGCCGCUAAUGCUUUCACACAAGACCAUGGAAAGACGCUAUUGAGCGCAGCAGCUGAAGAGACUCCUAGAAUCAUCUUUUCAAACCUCACAACCAAUACAUUCCGAGAUUCACUCUAUCCUACAGCAGACUCUCUUAAUCAACCGAAAUCAGCACCGGUGGCUGUCAACAAUACCAAUUCAACCGAUUCAGCAUUACCAUCUCCGCCCUCUCCACCAUCGUCCAUUCCUGUACCGCCGUUGGAAGAGAAAGCAAAGUUGAUUGCGGAAGCUUUGAUGCAAGCUAAUGCGAUCGAAUCGUUAGCCAGCCCUGCCGUGGCUCUGAAUCUGGAUGAGAUUGUAACCCCUGUUCCAGAACAGGAGAUAGGUGGUCAUAAGGGAGGGCCUCUUCUUGUAGGGACCGAUAGCAGUAAUAGCAAUGGCGCUAGUAGUGGUAUCGUACGAUCAUCCUCUUUGGAAAGUGUUGCUACUCCACCCAUGACUCCGGUUCCCUCAAAGGAUGAACGGGCUACAUCAACCGUGGCUCAAGUCGGGGAGAGUGUAGCUGCUUCUGCGUCAAAAGAUCUUGCUUCAUUCCAAAUUCCGGUCAACCCUCAAACAAUAGCUGCCGCUUGCGUCUAAGGUGCAAGCAAAAAGGAAAAAAGGAAAAAAAAAAUACUAUGGACUAUUUGUGUACAACAUGAAAGAAAGAAAGGUGGGGGAAGAGAAAAGACAAAAAAGUUCUAUUUAUUGCAUAUCAUUUUCUCCCCUGCCUACAUAAUUCAUAUCGAUUUUACUUGUCAAUUAUUCUGCCAUCAAUAAAAAAAAGUGUAACAGUAA